AUGUCGAUUGAGAUGGAACUGGACCCGCCCCCUCGCGCGUCCAUGACAGAAGACGAUCUGCAUCGCAUGAUGGAGUUGAACAGAAUCAUAAAGCUGAGCGAGAGCAUCACGUCUGGAAAGCACCCAAGAAUCAAGAUUCCACCACACCUUGUACCCUCGACCACGAGCACUGCGAGUCCGAAGCUCCCUCCCGGUGCAGAGCGGCGACCUGGCAGCAGCAAACAUGCUCACGAUACACUUACAAUACCGACGGCUGAGACAGGCGCCGGGCGGGUGAAUGGUGCUGGCCAUGAAGCGCACAGUAUAAUUGCCGGGAACAAUCUCGUGGCGUUUGUGCAGAACAGCCGGUCGUUGGAUGUGACGGACGCAACUGCACCUCUUUCUGGCCUGGACUUUGCUUCUGGAGUGCGUGCUGUGUCGCCGAGUAAUAUCUCGCUAUCGGAGAUCCCACUGCAACGUGCCAGACUUGAGGCUUUGCUUCGGGAGCCGCCAAACCUGCGAGGCAAGGCAAAGGUGGAAGAGGUGCAGGCUGAUUUCUUGGUGGACGACGUCCUGCGGAGGGGGCGGGAGCUCGAAAAGACGUUCACACCUCCCCCAGUGGCAGUUCUAUCCCAAGGUCUUAUCACUAACCUGGGUGGCGCUUCAGUAAUACCAAAGGCAAAUGCUUCGUCAAGUGCAGCUGCAGAGUCUGUGGAUGACCAGACGUUUUACUCGUCCAACUUCAGCACACCCGAAUUCGCCCUCACCUCCCGGGUCCCAGCCGAGUCCGACCGCGACGAUAUGCCUAUGGAGGAGGGCUCCGAUUACGAACCUGAACUCGACUAUGUCCCAUCUUCUCCACAACCGGCACAACAGCCAGACCUGGCUGCGCUUCAGCAGGUCCCACCUGAGCAACUUGCUACCGCUACUUCUGAAUUGUCUGGGCAGCUGCCUGCUGAACUACUGUCGACUCUGCUGGGAGCAAACUUUGACUCGGUAUCCCUCACCCAAGCCGCUCCACCACAGCCAUCCAUGAACCCAACACCUGAACAGAUACAACAAGCGGCCGUUGCCGCACUUUCCGCAUGGCCCGGGCUUCUUGGAGGGCCUCAGGCUGCAAGUGGUGGAAGUGGCAUUUCUAGUUCUCCAGCCCACCUACGAGUGGCUGCUGGCAACCCUCAGCCAUCUUCUCCAUUAGUUCGGACACACGAUUUGUCGCCUGUAGCUCCCCAACCAGCGCAUAUCUCCUCGUUGGCUGUUGCGUCUCAGCUGCCCUUGGCCGCAGCCGGAGGUCAGUCCGGAUCACAGGGCACGCCGGCGCAAGUGGCCAUGUUGCGAAGGGGAGAAGCGUCUCAGUCAAGCCCGGACAGCUCGCCGUAUGUUGAUGGACGCGCUACCGACAAAGGCAAAGGAAAGAAGAAGUAUGCUGGGAAGCGCAAGGCUGAUGUCAACACGACUUCACCGCGUAUCAAACUUGAGCCAAAGUCUCCCUCGCCGAUUCUCGCCCCACCCGCGCAACGACCACACAAGCGACAGAAACAAGAUUCACGACCGCCAGCGCGAGAUGUUGUCUACCGUCGACAGGGGGAUGAAUACAGUCCAACUGCGCAACCCACGUCUUACGGCCCUCCGCAUGCUGUACGAGGGGACCCUCGUGUGCCUAUUAUCUAUGAGCGGGUUGAUAGAGGACAUUAUGUUCAGCCUAGAGCGGCAGCUGCCACCCGCCGUGCGAGCUUACAACGGUACGAAGAACAGCGGAGCCUUGAGGGUGGCUAUGGGCAAGCCCACACAGGUUACGCGCCGACGAUUGCAGCCGGUCCGCCCUCGCGUCAGUAUGCGGCGGGCCCUUCCCAUCCAAAUGUGCGUCCUGCUGGGCCGGCGACGCAUACUCUGGUCGAGAAGUCGUCUGGCUACCCUGUGCACUCCGCGGGCGAAUAUGAGGGUUCCGGGCGGGCGAACAUGCGACCGGUGGCCAUGGCCCCACCGCCUAGAGAGCGCGUUGUUGUUGACGAGUUUGAUCGGGAAUACUAUGAACCGGUCCCGCCGCCUCGUCCACAGCAGCCCGUAAUGGAAUCAGUCACGUACGACCCGAACUUGGCCUAUGAGCGUCCAGCUUCACGUUUACACCAACAACUCCGGUACGAGGACCGCUAUGGCUCUCAGGCACUACAGCCUGUCUACGACGAUGACGAGAUUGUAUAUCGGAGAACGUCGCCGAUGUUUGCGGCUCCUAGACGGGUUGUCACGCAACCGGAAUAUGUAACCCGCGAAUAUGCGGACUACCCGCGGCGAGAAUUCUCUGCACGUCCUCCCCCCUCACAGUAUCCAGUUGCGGCUGAGAGGGGCUAUAUUGUGGAGGGGGCAGCGCCGGUCCCAGGCUAUGUAACCAGGGCGUCUACGGUGCGGCCUCCCGAGGCUGCUCGGUACGAAGCACCGCCGCCGGGCCGAUAUGUGGAAAGGGUAGGUAGUGUUCGGCCGCCAGAUGCUGCCGUUUACCAAGGGUAUGCCGGCGGCCCAGAGGAUGGGCCUCGUAUCUAUGGUGGACCGGCACGGGGUGUGCCGGAAGGUGGCGCUUAUAUUGAUGACCGCCGUGGCCCUCAUGAAGUAGUCCGGGAGUACAGCAUUCGUCCCGAGUCUCAUGUCGUUGUGCAUAGAGAGUACAGUGCGCGGCCUGGGCCGGCGUCGGCGUACUACGCGGAGCAAGCCCCGUACGCGAUGGGUGGCCCGCCUACUCAAGAGUAUGCUUACUCAGACGAACGGGCUGCAUACCAGUGA